UCCAUUUUUCUUUUUCAGACAGCGAUGAUCUUCAAAAUGAAGACUCCGGGAAAUUCUAGGUUCUCUAUAGGAACUACAGAAGUUGAAGGAAAGAAAAUUUAUAAAAGGAAAUUGUUUUGAAAGUAUGUUUACAACUAACUGAUACAGUAGAGUUUUUUUUUUGUUUUUUUUUUGUUUGUUUGUUUCUUUGUUUGUUUUAAAUAAUAAAACACUUUGAGAAGAUUGUAUUUAUGGUAAAAGGAAACUGGACUAACAAUGAGGCCAAAGACUUUUCCUGCCACCACUUAUUCUGGAAAUAGUCGACAGCGAUUGCAAGAGAUCCGAGAGGGGUUAAAGCAGCCUUCCAAGUCUGCAGUGCAGGUGUUAUCUGUGGGACCAAACGGUGACACUUCUCUGGAUGCCAAAGUUCUGGGGAGCAAGGAUGCCUCCAGGCAGCAGCAACAGAUGAGAGCAACCCCGAAGUUUGGACCUUAUCAAAAAGCACUGAGGGAAAUCAGAUAUUCUUUGUUGCCUUUUGCUAAUGAAUCGGGCACCUCCACAGCUGCAGAAGUAAACCGUCAAAUGCUGCAGGAGCUGGUGAAUGCAGGGUGUGACCAGGAGAUGGCGGGCAGAGCGCUCAAGCAGACUGGCAGCAGGAGCAUCGAAGCCGCCCUGGAGUACAUCAGUAAGAUGGGCUACCUGGACCCAAGGAACGAGCAGAUCGUGCGAGUCAUCAAGCAAACCUCCCCAGGAAAGGGCCUCGUGCCAGCUCCAGUAACACGGAGGCCCAGCUUCGAAGGGACUGGCGAUUCCUUUCCACCCUACCAUCAGCUGGGCAGUGCUGCCUACGAGGGCCCGGCCGCGCUGGAGGAGGUGCCCACACGGCCGUAUGUGGACUUCCUUUUCCCCGGAGUCGCCCCACAUGGCGUGUCUGGCCACCAGCACCAGCCCAAGGGCUAUGCCACAGCUGGUGCUGAGGCCGCAGGGGUGCACUUCCCACUGCAGGGCGCGCACUACAGUCGGCCUCACCUGCUGGUGCCUGGGGAGCCCCUGGGCUAUGGGGUGCAGCGCAGCCCCUCCUUCCAGAGCAAGACGCCACCAGAGGCCGGGGGCUACCCCAACCUCCCUGCCAAGGGCCAGGGUAUCCCUCCUAACACCAGCCUCGCCUUCCCACCCCCUACCACCGGCCUCUAUGCACCGCACCCGCACCAUAAGCCUUCGGGGCCCACGCCCCACCAACUGCAUGUGUUGGGCCCUCGCAGCCAGGUGUUCGCAGGGGACAGCUCCCCCCAGAGCCUGCUUACCCCCUCCAGGAACAGCCUCAAUGUGGACUUGUAUGAACUGAGCAGUGCCCCCGUCCAGCAGUGGCCGGCAGCCACCCUGGCUCGCAGAGACUCCCUGCAGAAGCCAGGCCUGGAAGUGCCCCCUCGCCAGCACGUGGCCUUCCGGCCUGAUGGCCCAGUGCCCAGUAGGACCAACUCCUUUAAUAGCCACCAGCCGCGGGCAGUCGCACCAGGCCAGGCCGAGCCCUCCCUGCCUGCCCCCAACACUGUAACAGCCGUCACAGCGGCGCACAUCCUGCACCCGGUGAAGAGCGUGCGGGUGCUGCGGCCUGAGCCUCAGACAGCCGUGGGGCCCUCCCACCCUGCCUGGGUGCCUGCACCAGCCCCAGCUGGGGAUGGUCUGGACGCCAAGGAGGAGCACACCCUAGCGCUGGGUAGUGCGGGCUCCUACCCACUGGACGCCGAGUAUGGCAGCCCUGACCGCAGGUGUCCACCCCCACCUUACCCGAAGCACCUGCUCCUUCACAGCAAGUCAGAGCAGUAUGACCUGGACAGCCUGUGCACAGGUGUGGAGCAGAGCUUGCGGGCUGGCCCAGCCACCGAGCCCAUAGACAGAAGUGACAAGGGCCACAAGAACACCAAGGGGGACAAAGGUGGGAAGGAUAAGAAGCAGAUCCAGACCUCACCUGUUCCGGUCCGAAAAAACAGCAGAGACGAGGAGAAGAGAGAGUCACGCAUCAAGAGCUACUCGCCCUAUGCCUUUAAGUUCUUCAUGGAGCAGCACGUGGAGAAUGUCAUAAAAACCUACCAGCAGAAAGUCAACCGGAGGUUGCAAUUGGAGCAAGAAAUGGCCAAAGCUGGACUCUGUGAAGCUGAGCAGGAACAGAUGAGGAAGAUCCUCUACCAGAAGGAGUCAAACUACAACAGACUGAAGAGGGCCAAGAUGGAUAAGUCUAUGUUUGUGAAAAUAAAAACCCUCGGGAUUGGUGCAUUUGGAGAAGUGUGCCUGGCUUGUAAAGUGGACACUCAUGCCCUUUACGCCAUGAAGACCCUGAGGAAGAAGGACGUCCUAAACCGGAACCAGGUGGCCCACGUCAAGGCCGAGAGGGACAUCCUGGCUGAGGCAGACAAUGAGUGGGUAGUCAAACUUUACUACUCCUUCCAGGACAAGGACAGCCUGUACUUCGUGAUGGACUACAUCCCCGGGGGGGAUAUGAUGAGCCUGCUGAUCCGGAUGGAGGUCUUCCCUGAGCACCUGGCCCGGUUCUACAUUGCAGAGCUGACUUUAGCCAUCGAGAGUGUCCACAAGAUGGGCUUCAUCCACCGAGACAUCAAGCCUGACAACAUUUUGAUAGAUCUGGAUGGUCACAUCAAACUGACAGAUUUUGGCCUCUGCACUGGAUUCAGGUGGACCCACAAUUCCAAAUACUACCAGAAAGGGAACCACAUCAGACAGGACAGCAUGGAACCCAGCGACCUCUGGGACGAUGUGUCUAACUGUCGCUGUGGGGACAGGCUGAAGACCCUGGAGCAGAGAGCACGGAAGCAGCAUCAGAGGUGUCUGGCACAUUCCCUGGUCGGGACUCCCAAUUACAUCGCCCCGGAGGUGCUGCUCCGCAAAGGAUACACCCAACUCUGUGACUGGUGGAGCGUUGGAGUGAUUCUCUUUGAGAUGCUGGUGGGGCAACCACCCUUCUUGGCCCCUACUCCCACAGAAACUCAGCUGAAGGUGAUCAACUGGGAGAACACACUCCACAUUCCUGCCCAGGUCAAGCUGAGCCCCGAGGCCAGGGACCUCAUCACCAAACUGUGCUGUGCUGCGGAGCAUCGCCUGGGGAAGGAGGGAGCUGACGACCUGAAGGCCCACCCGUUCUUCAGCACCAUUGACUUCUCUAGUGACAUCCGGAAGCAGCCAGCCCCCUAUGUUCCCACAAUCAGCCACCCCAUGGACACCUCAAAUUUUGACCCUGUAGAUGAAGAAAGCCCUUGGAAUGAUGCCAGUGAAGGCAGUGCCAAGGCCUGGGACACACUUAACUCCCCCAAUAACAAGCACCCUGAGCAUGCGUUCUAUGAAUUCACUUUCCGAAGGUUCUUUGAUGACAAUGGCUAUCCCUUUAGAUGCCCCAAACCUUCAGGAGCAGAAGCGUCACAGUCCGAGAACUCCGAUUUAGAGAACUCUGAUCUGGUGGACCAGACCGAAGGCUGCCAGCCAGUGUAUGUGUAGAUGAUAGUGGGGCACCUGCAGCUCUCUUCUUCAGAGGUCCUGGUGCCCGGCUGGGCAUUGAAUAGGCUGAUGAAGCUGAGGGCAGCUUUGUUUUACAUUAGUCUAUUGUUACUUUACCCGAAAUCCUGUUAUUCGCCAAGAAAGCCCAAAACAAACAAGAAAGGACUCAAGUCGAGAUCUUCAUUUCUAGAUUCUAGUUGAUGGGAAGUGGAGAGAGACAACAUUACUUUGAAUUGGUUUUUGAGGACCUUCACUGCAUUAAAACAAUAUUUUAAAAUUUUAGUACAAUUUAGAAAGAGCACUUAUUUUGUUUAUUACCCAAUUUUUUUCUUACUAAAUUAUAGGGAUUAACUUUGACAAAUCAUGCUGCUGUUAUUUUCUACAUUUGUAUGUUAUCCAUAGCACUUACUCACAUUUAGGAAAAGACAUAGAAACUGAAGAACAUGUGAUAAAUCUCUGUGCAAUAAUAUAAAAACAACACAAAAAGUUAACUCUGCUCAGAAGUCACGGAGACCAUUUUAUUCACGCAAUGGUUUUUGUUUUUAUUGUUUCCCACAUUUCAAAAUUGUGAUGUGAUAUGUUAAAAGCUGCUUUUUUUUUUUUUUUUUUUUUUUUUUUUUUUUUUUUUUUUUUUUGUUUUUUGCAUAUUAUAGUGUAAUAGAAAGUGUGAGCAAGGUGAUGAUAUGGGUGUGGUUUCAGAUGUCUGGUGUGUGGAGAGUACUGCACGAGCAGGGUUUCUUCUAUUAUAAAAUUACCAUAUCUUGCCGUUCACAGCAGGUCCUGUGAAUAUGUUUUUACUGAGUGUCUUUAAAUGAGGUUUUCUAGACAGUGUGCUGAUAAUGUAUCGCGUGGGUGACUUCUCUAUGAUUGUAUCCCUUACUGUUUUGUUAAAAAAAAAAAUGCAGAUUUGUGACUCAGAGGUGGCUUUUUGUGUGUGUGUCUUAGGUAUGAUUGAAUUAUUUUGGGGAUAAACUUAAACAUUUGUCGUGUACUAAACUUAUAUACAUCAAAAGGGAUUGAUUCAGCUAUGCCAAAAAUAUGUUAAUUAUGGACCUAUGUGCAUUUUUGUAGUCUGUAAGCUCUUGCAUUCUUGGUGUAGCUGGUAUGUGGAAUUUAAUAGCUAUGAUCCUACUAUUAAAUUUUUUACCAACAGACUGCCCACCCUGGAAGGUUAAAUGAAGGUUAUUCCUCCUGUUAUCUUAGACAGCUGAGAUGUUACCAUGAUGAAAUUGAGUAAUCUUAGGGUUCUUUCAUAUUUUUUCUAAGUAUGCUUUGAAGUGUCAAGUAUUAACUUGGUUUAAACAAUACACUUUUCUAACCUUUGUAGAAAGCAAAUAUUCUUCAAAGUGAUAUUGGAAUAAAAAAUAAUUAAGCCAUACAUAUUUUCUUAGACCUAUAGGUAUAUAUAUACUAUAUAGAUAAACACACAAAAUAUUUCUUAUUUCAAAUUAGUAUGAUUCCUAUUUAAAGUGAUUUAUAUUUGAGUAAAAAGUUCAAUUCUUUUUUGCUUUUUAAAAAAUCUGAUGCAUCAUAUUUUUCAUUAUAUUAUUCCACAUAUUUUUCCUUUGACGUCCUUAGCGUAAUGUAUCCAUUAUUUAGUAUAUACCUAGGCAACAAACUUAAAAGUUUAUCAGUGUCUAAACUAAAAAAGAAAAAAAAAAACGAUUCCUGUGUACUGGUUUACAUUUGUAUGAAUGGCAUAUUCUGAAGUCUGCUGUGCUUGUAAUCGUGACUGUCAGUAUUUUUGCUAUUUUAUAGUAAUGCCAUGUUGUUAUUUACAGCGCUCUGACAUACUUUCAUGUGGUAGGUUCUUUCUCAGGAACUCAAUUUAACUAUUAUUUAUUGAUAUAUCAUUGCCUUUGAGAAGCUUCUACUGGCACAAUUUAUUAUUAAAAUUUUGAAUCCAAA